AAAAUGGAGGGGAAUGAAAAACUUUCAUGGGCCUCUGCGGUUUCAUCAUCAAUAUCUUUAGCAAAUGAAGAUAAUGUUAUGGGGUCUAUAGAGUCUGCUCCUUUAAAUUCAUCUGGAACAAUAUUGGACAAGAAAGCAGCUAGUUCAAUGUCAAAAACAAAUGUAUGGAAAGCUAGACAAGAACGAAUGGUUAAAUUAUCAAAUUCUCAAUCUACGGAUUCAGCAACAAAUAAUAUUUCUUUAAAGAAAAAGCAGUUGCCUGUUAAAACAUUAACUAAUGGAGAUUCUUUGGAUUCAGAAAAUAUGAAAUUAAUAUCAAUUUUGUCUGAUACGGAAAGCUGGCCAACUUUAGAUAAGGCAGUUUCGGAAGAAGGAUCUCAUGAGAAAGAAAAAUCUAAUCCUCCACUAACAAAAACAUCUGGAAAAGAAAAAUGGGUUUCUUAUACACCAACAAUUACUCACGCAAAACCGUUGCCUACAAAACCAGCUAAUCGAAUCCGUGAAGGAAAAGUUUAUGAUAAUUCAUUUCGAGGUUCUGUUAAAAAUGGGUUGGCAACUACUGAGGAGAUCUCAGAAGUCUUAAAGAAUAAAGAACAUAAAAUUGAUAAAGGGAAACAUAACAAAAGAGCAGGAAAUAUUCAUGAUAAACGUGAAAGUCGGGUUGCUACUCAAAUAACCACUUCGAAAGAUAAAAAUGCAUCUAUUACACAAUCUGCAGGAUCUGUUAAAGAGAAUACAAAUAAUGUAAAAGAUAUUAAUGGGGUUUCAAACGAACUUAGCUUAAAAAAUCUUGAAUUAAAAGAUAAUUCUAAUGGAACUAGAGAAGAUGCCAAUCGUCAUAACCACAAUAAUGUUUAUAGACCAAGAGGUGGCCUUCAUAUGCCAUUUAUUCAUCAUAAUUCUCACCCUUUAUUAAAUAUCAAUGCAUUUGUACAAACACCGAAUAUAUAUUUGCCUUUUUGUCCACCUACUUAUGGGAAUUUAACUAUACCUUUUUAUCCAAAUGAAAAAUAUCAACAAUCUUAUAUGUAUGAUUAUUCUCAUAUAAAUCAUAUCGGGAUGUUUAUGCCUGUUAUAUAUGAUCCUAUAGUUUUGAAAAAUUGUAUUCUUAGUCAAAUCGAUUACUAUUUUUCAGUUGAGAAUUUAUGUAAAGAUUUAUUCCUUCGUCGUCAUAUGGAUAGUCAAGGAUGGGUAAACUUGUUGAUUUUGGCUAAUUUCAAUCGGAUUAGAAGUUUCGCAUUAGAAUAUAGUUUUAUUAGAGAUGUCACUACCUAUUCACGUACUGUAGAUAUUAAUUUUUCUGAUGGUUAUGAUCGAGUUCGAAAAAAAGAAGGUUGGGAAAUAUGGGUCUUGCCUGAAGAAGAAAGAGAUCCCAGUGUACGAAAUGGGCGGACAUUGAUUUCGUCUAAAUAUCCUAAUAAUGAAAAGCCAAGUAUGACAGGUAAAGCAUUGAAAGAGAGUAUAGAUGCUCUUCCAUUUUUGCCUCGAGCGAACAUAAAUACAGUACCUUUUGCACCCAGGGCGCAAGAAAUGCCUUCUAAUCAACCGAAUAUAAAUGUGUUUAGCCAGAGAAUGUCGCCAAAGGCCCUUGUUUCUAGUUCUACAAAAAUAUCUAGCAUUAAUAAAAGUGAAAAAUCAAAAUAGCGUAAAAAACAACUGCAUUUAAUUUUGAUUCAAAUUAACCUACAAUAAUUGGAAAUUUAAUUAUAUUUUAAAAUAGGGUAUCUUAAAGAUGACAAAU